AUGGUGGGAAAUUCACCGUCGCCGUUGCCAGAAAGAGCGAUUUAUGGCUUUGUUCUUUUCUUAAGCUCCCAAUUUGGCUUCAUCCUGUAUCUUGUGUGGGAAUUUAUUCCUGAAUCUUGGCUAAACUCCUUAGGAUUAACCUAUUGGCCUCAAAAAUACUGGGCAGUUGCAUUGCCCGUCUACUUCCUCAUUACUAUAGUAAUUGUUUACGUACUCUUCUUUGGAAUAAACAUGAUGAGUACCUCUCCACUCAACUCCAUUCAUACAAUCACAGAUAACUCUGCUAAAAAUCAACAGCAGAAAAAAUACCAAGAAGAGGCCAUCCCGGCAUUAAGAGAGAUUCCUAUUAGUGAAGUAAACCAAAUGUUCUUCCUAGCAACUAAAUAA